AUGAUGGAGAUAAAGCGCUACACAAGAACACGUUCGUCAACACUGAGGAUAAUUCAGCUAAUAGUAGUUUUCUUCCUCUGUUUGCUUCCAUCCAAGAAGGCUUUAGAGCAGAACAACGGAAGACCCCAGUCUUCCAGUAGUACAACGUUGACAGGGCUUCAGUCAACUCAGCCCAUUGCGUCCGAGGAUAACAACACGCAGUUUCUUCCGGUCGUCAUUUCGGAGUCAGUUCAUGAUUUAUUUGGUAUCCAAAUAUACUCCAAUGGAAGUCUGACUAACAAACUCAUCAGUUCAUCGGUCACUGAUCGGGUUUGUGGGUUACGAAUCACUUGCUAUGAAGACAAAGCUGUUGAAAACAAACCGUUGUGCUCGUUUGAGUGUUCACCCUGCCAUUGUGACGAUAUGUGUCACUUUUACGGAGACUGCUGUCCUGGAAAACUCUUUGAGUAUUCCCCCAACGUGCCCACGGAAAAGCCAAAGUUUGUCACGUGUUUUGGGAAGGACGGUGAUGCCGUACGGUGGGGUGACCAUCAACACAUCUUUAUGGUUUCCAAAUGUCCAGAAAGUCCAAAUCUGAACGAGUUUAUAGUGACAAAAUGUGAGUACCCAGACAUCACACGGUUCGCCGAGGCCACGCCAGUUUCCGACAUGGCCACCCAAAUAACGUACGUUAACGAGUUCUGUGCGAGAUGUCACGGCAUCAAACACUUUCAGAUCUGGUCACAGAACGUGAGCUGUCGUAUCGAGGCUGAUUUAGGGAUGGUACGAACCAGGGAGGAACUUUGGCGCCUGGUAAUGACCGACAAGACGUGUGCCGCUGAGCUGCAGUCAGUGCCCCCUGUCGGUCUAGAGCUACGGGUGUGUUACCCUUUUUGGAUCGACAAGUGCAAUGUAACUGGCAGAUGGAUAAAAAACCUAAAUCCGAUGGCGGAAUUAUUCUGUGGCAUGUAUCAGCAUACAGUAGACCAUUAUGGCACAUCCAGUACAGGUGUGUCAUACAGAAAUGUGUUCUGCGCCAUUUGUAACGGCGCCACGCUGGAAGUGCCUGACAUCUGCGCCCGAGUAUCUCCUGAAUUUCCUCCUUCAGUAUCAGUUCUUCUCUUCUUCAAUCCGCCAGAAAAUGACGUUUCCCCGGUGACAGAAAAUCGGUUGCAGUGUCGAGCUGGUUAUAUAUACGACCCAUUUUCCGUGGCUUGUCAAGAACUGAAGUGUCCCGCCAGGCGUGUGCUCGACCAAGGAGACUGUCGAGUGCCCUUUUUGUCAACCGCAGGCCUAGGUUUCGCCUAUCAUCAACAAAUUCGUCUGGAAAAUUCCACUUUGGUUAACGCCUCCAAAUUCAUCACAGAAUACACAGCAAACUUUAAGCGAUUUUUUAACGAAUAUGGACCUUUUCUGUACAUAGGCUUCGCUUUAGAGUUCUUUGAAAGUAAGACGAACAAUUCAUACGUGGAACUUGUGUGGGUUACAGCAAAGUUUAUAUCCAAGUCCAGUACACAAGUCACCGAUGUGGAACACCGGGUUGUCAAAUUUCUAACAUUCUCGUGGAGUUAUUACGACCUUGCCACCAAUACUAACACAACCGUCUUCUCUUCACGAAUCAAAUGCCCUGCUGAUUCAUAUUCGGAGAUAGGCUAUGAAAGCGUAAACCGCCAGUUACAUGAAGAACACUUUGACAUCGAAACACUGGACACGUCAAUGUCCUUUGCCACCAUAGAGCUGAACUGCUCAUUCUUAGAGUACGAUCUGUCGUCAGCUAAUUUUAGUUACGACCCGAAAACGAGCACAGUAUUAUUAGACGGCAAUCAGAUACACCUGGACAGAUCACGCGUGUUGCUGUGUAAUGGUACUUUGAGGAUUUGCUCCGAUGUCCUUGUGGACAUCCUUGGUGCUUUAGAAGAGUUCUUGUUUCGGAGUCAGGAUGCUGAUCUCUUUGACAAAACCUUGUCAGUCAUCUCUCUCAUCAGCAUUAUUCUUUCCCUUGUAUCCCUUUUCGGCACGUUCGUUGUGUUCUGUCUGGCACCAAAACUGAGAACGGCUCCAGGGAGGAAUAUUAUGGCGUUGGUGUUUCAUCUCUUUUGUGCUCAACUGGUAUUCUUGUCAUUAUCUAAUAGAGUGGAGAUCAGAAUUCUAUGUCAGGUAUUCGCGGUUCUCAUUCAUUAUUUCUGGAUCACAACCUUUACAUGGAUGAUGGCUUUAGCUUACCAGAUGCAUAAAGUCUUCGCCAGCUUCCCGUCAAUGGCGUCCAACAGUAGUAAGAACCAGAAACUCGUUUGGAAAUACUUGUUGGUAUGUGAUCUCACGGCCUUGAUUCCAGUCAUCGUGUGCAUUGCAUAUUACCUCAUUACCACGGACGGAGAACAUGUGGGAUACGGCAGAACGAUUUGCUUUUUGAACGAUGCCUGGGCCAUCGGUGCUUUUUUCGCAGCACCGCUCUGUAUUAUGCUGCUGUUUAACGCCGUUUGCUUCGCGCGUACAUUUCUAACAGUAGGCUGUCGACAGCAAAUAGAAACUGACUCAGACAUCCCCAACAUCAACUAUGUGUUAAUCUACGUCAAGUUAUCGGCGCUUUUGGGGUUUUCGUGGGCAUUUGGAAUUCUGGCAGCCAUCUUGAAUUCCUUGGUAUUGUGGUAUGUAUUUGUUAUACUUACUGGUUGCCACGGUGUCUUUAUCUUUCUCGCUUACUGUGUUAACAAAAGGACAUGGGCGUCCGUUAAGGUCACUCUGUCGGAGAGAAGCUCUACACGUUCCACAGAUGGAUCUGGGAAAUGACCUUGACACACCAUUCCUGGUAGCCAGGCAGGCACAGAAAUCAUUACGGAGGUUUAGUGUAUUGGUAUAAAACAUUCUGGUGACUAGAUCAGUCGUCAUGACUGUCUAUUAUAUAAGUCUUCCUGACUACGAUAUCAGCCUUGGCUGACUACGAUAUCAGCCGCUGUAGCGGCCUUAGCAUUUAAUUCCUAGGAAAUGAUAGUCUAGGAAAGCGUGACAAUCUAAAUCAGUUGUAGUCAUCCUCAAGCUUCAAGGAUAUCGAUGCCUUAGUGAGGUUCGGAGCUGGACA